AUGCUCCCGCCGUCGCGCCGCGAGUUUCGUGACAUCUACAUUAUCUUCGAGCUCAUGGAGUCCGACCUCCACCAGGUCAUCAAGGCCAACGACGACCUCAGCCCGGAGCACUUUCAGUUCUUUUUCUACCAGCUGCUUCGCGGGAUGAAGUACAUGCACGCUGCCAAUGUCUUCCACCGGGACCUCAAGCCCAAGAACAUUCUAGCCAAUGCCGAUUGCAAGCUCAAGAUUUGCGACUUCGGCCUUUCUCGGGUUUCCUUCAAUGACACCCCGUCCGCGAUAUUCUGGACGGAUUAUGUAGCAACAAGGUGGUAUCGUGCUCCAGAAUUAUGUGGCUCCUUCUUUUCAAAGUAUACUCCUGCAAUUGAUAUUUGGAGCAUAGGAUGUAUAUUUGCCGAAAUGCUUACAGGGAGGCCGCUCUUUCCUGGCAAAAACGUGGUACAUCAAUUGGAUCUCAUGACUGAUCUACUUGGCACUCCUUCAGAAGAAUCUAUUUCCAGGAUUCGAAACGAAAAAGCUCGACGAUAUUUGGGAAACAUGAAAAAAAAGCAUCCAAUACCUUUUUCUCAGAAGUUUCCUGGUGUAGACCCCAUGGCACUCCAUUUGCUUGAGCGUCUUCUUGCUUUUGACCCCGCAGAUCGGCCAACUGCUGCAGAGGCCUUGGCAGACCCAUACUUUACUGGAUUGGCAAAUUCUGAACUCGAACCCACAGCGCAACCCAUCUCGAAACUUGAGUUUGAGUUUGAGAGAAGGAAGCUGGCCAGAGAGGAUUUACGUGAAUUAAUUUACAGAGAGAUUUUAGAGUACCAUCCUCAGAUGUUGCAUGACUAUCUUCGUGGUGGAGAUCAGGCAAACUUUCUUUACCCAAGUGGGGUGGAUCGUUUCAAGAGCCAAUUUGUUCAUCUUGAAGAAAUCGGUGCUAAGGGUGAAAAGACUAGCCCGCAGCUGCGGCAGCAUGCUUCCUUACCAAGGGAAAGAGUUAUCGGCAGCAGUGAUGAGCCUGAAAAGCCAAAUGCAGACUACUGUAUAAAAUUGCAUGUAGAUGAGCUACCAGGUCACACAUCGGUGACGGAUGGCCUUAACAAGCCACUGUUGAAUACUCGAAACUUCUUGAAGAGCGAAAGCAUCGGUGCCUCCAAGUGCAUCGUCGUCAAAGAAAAGCAAGAAAAAGAUGAGGAAUCUAUGUCUGAGUAUAUGCAUGAAGCAUCUGAUUAGGAACCGAAAAGGAUUGCUCAACUCAAAAGUUUGUGAUGGCACAGGGAAGACAGAAGCACGUCCGAUCCAUGGGAGCUUCAAUUCAGAAUCCCGAGCGCACGAAUCAGAUCGAUGAACCACACUGGUGCCGGUGCCGGUGCCGAUACCGGAUAGUCAUCUCAUUGGUUAGCAGAGCAUAGGAUUUAUUUCAAUUUUUUGGGCGCAACUUUGAUCGAUGCUCCCAUUAUGUAACUAGUAGAGUUUAGGAUGUAACCAACAGAGUGUAGAAUGUAACAACAUAUACUGGAGUACAUGACUCGACUUCUUAUUACUCGUGCAAUGCUUUCUUACUAGGUGACUUGA